UCAACCUUCAUUCAGCCAAACCCAAACACACAAGUUGCUAGCUUCCGCCGCUCUCGCGCCGCCACCCGUUCCCACCGUCACCGGCUGCCGUCGUCCCUGUUCUCGCCGUGAGGACGUGCAGCGCCCCUGCCUCGUCUUGUGCUCGUCCCUCGCUGCUUCAGGAUGCAAGCCUGUACUGGAGUUGCAAUGAUGGGUUCUAUGCAACAACCUGCUUGGACCAAGGGGCAGAGUUUCCCUGCAAUAGGGUAUGGCAGCAAUGGCUUUAUACCUCAAGUCAAGUUCUGCAAUGUCAAGCCAUGCAAAGCAUCAUCUUUGUCUAUCUCCGUGCCUGAAAUUAAAGGUGACGGUAGUAGAAUCCUGGACUCUGGCUUGAGUGAAGUUGAUCCUGAGGUUUAUGCAAUUAUCGGCAAGGAAAAAGACCGUCAAUUUAAAAGUCUUGAGCUUAUUGCUUCUGAAAAUUUUACAUCUAGAGCAGUGAUGGAAGCAGUUGGUUCAUGCCUCACAAACAAGUACUCAGAAGGACUUCCUGGUAAAAGGUACUAUGGUGGCAAUGAGUUCAUUGAUGAGCUUGAAAUCAAAUGUCAAGAAAGGGCACUGGCUGCAUUUCAUGUAGAUGGUAAUAAGUGGGGUGUUAAUGUUCAACCAUUAUCUGGUUCUCCAGCUAACUUUGCAGUGUACACUGCAUUACUUAAACCUCAUGAUCGAAUAAUGGGUUUGGACUUGCCUCAUGGGGGCCAUUUGUCUCAUGGAUUUAUGACGCCUAAAAGACGUGUAUCAGCCACAUCAAUUUAUUUUGAAUCUAUGCCUUAUCGACUUGAUGAAUCAACAGGUUUUAUUGAUUAUGAUAUGCUGGAGAAAACUGCUAUUCUCUUCCGACCAAAACUCAUAAUUGCUGGUGCUAGUGCUUAUCCUCGAGACAUUGACUAUCCUCGCAUGAGAAAAAUUGCAGAUCAAGUAGGAGCUUUCCUUAUGAUGGAUAUGGCUCACAUAAGUGGACUUGUUGCUGCAUCUGUGCUUGCUAAUCCCUUUGAUUUCUGUGACAUCGUGACCACCACAACCCACAAGUCUUUGAGAGGCCCUAGAGGUGGUAUGAUAUUCUUCAAGAAGGAUACAGUGCAUGGGGUUGAUCUGGAGCCUGCCAUUAACAAUGCUGUUUUCCCCGGUCUCCAGGGGGGUCCUCAUAACCACACAAUCGGAGGACUAGCGGUUUGCUUGGAGCAUGCCCAGUCUCCAGAAUUCAAAGUUUACCAAAACCAGGUGGUUGCUAACUGUAGAGCUUUGGCUAACCGGUUAGUCGAGCUGGGGUAUAAACUGGUUUCUGGUGGUAGUGAUAAUCACCUGGUUCUUGUUGAUCUGAGGCCAUCUGGUAUUGAUGGUGCUCGGACAGAGAAAAUUCUUGAUCUGGCUUCUAUAACACUCAACAAGAACUCAGUGCCUGGUGAUAAGAGUGCCCUAGUUCCAGGUGGCAUUCGCAUCGGGUCACCUGCAAUGACAACAAGAGGACUUGGUGAAAAAGAAUUUGCACUAAUUGCAGACUUAAUUCACGAGGGUGUGCAGAUAAGUCUUGAAGCCAAAAGUUUGGCCUCAGGAUCAAAGCUCCAAGAUUUUAUGAACCUUGUUUUAUCUCCUGAAUUUCCUUUGCAAGACAAGGUUACAGAGUUACGUAAGAAAGUUGAAGCACUUGCUACUCGGUAUCCAAUUCCUGGAGUCUAAUUGCACUUGCUUCGUGAAUGCUAAAAACUAAGGCACUUGAAUUUUUUUGAUGCAAGCACAGAAGUGGAUGCAGAUCUUCCCAAGCACAGAGCUUCGGCACUUAUAAUUGCUUCUUAUGUGCUUGGGAGUAUGUUUGUUUUGUUUCUUGCUGAUAAUAUCUAUUGUGGUUCUAUUCCAUUUGGAAGUGGAUGCAGAUCAAUACUUGAUGCUUCAAAUUUCUUUAGGUUCCUGGUUUGACUAAAAACAGUUUUUCCUUGUUGAA